AUGAGUCAUGACAAUAAACAUCAACCUAUUAGUGAACUGGGCACAGUCAAGAAACUUGAUGGAGCAGGGCGUCCACUAGUCACUUCUACUGAGCCGGCUUAUUCCCUCUACUCCACAGACUCAGAGGACCAGGUGACAACCAUUCACCAGGGUCUGGAUCAGUGUGCUGCGCUGCUCAAUGUCAUUCUCCAGGCAGAGACGGCAGAGGCCAAGCCGAUCUCCGUCAGGGGAGCAGGGAAGACUCGAGCCGCCAAAUCCCGACCGCUGUGCACUCUGGGAAAUGAGAGGGUAGACAUAGAGAGGAGGAAGCAGACAAAGAGACCUGUCACUCAGACUGCUAAAAAAACAGUUCCCGUGCAGAAGACGAUCCUGUCAUCCCUGUCGUAUCCUGGGAUGAGGAACAAAGUUCAGAGUUUGGCCGGAAUGUCAGAGCCGGCGUCAGAUGCUCGGUUUAACUGUCGCCUGACCACCUCCACCCCCACCCUGAGUCCCCAAAGACUCCCCCCGAACAACACACUCCCCCCAGGCCCCUCAGUCCCUAUAGCCCAGUCUGGAGGCUCCAUCAUUGGGGUGGCAUCAGUCCACCUGGGGGGCUCUACCUCCACAGCUCCGUUAGCUUCUCCUGGAGCUGUAGCUACGUCUCUACCCACAGCCCCUCUCACAGGCCCAGUGCUCUCUCUCCUCGCAGCCCAGCCAGGAGGCUUCAUCUCUGGGGUUGGAGGUUCGGCUGCCCAGGGGAGCUCCAGGUCCUGUAGCCUCGAGGUCCUCGGUGCUCCUUCUGUGGAGAGGCUAGCCCUGUCUGCCCCCCUGCCCUCUGACAGCUCUGUGUCUGGAGAAAGUGGACAUCCAAUCUCAUCUUCCUGCUCUCUCUCUUGUCAGGGACCACCAGUACUCUUCUCUGAAAUUAAUUCUCACCCCCAGCCUCACCCCCAACCUCACCCCCUUGCCAACACUCAACCACAGUCUGCCCCAGAUGCUCCAUCCCUGGGCAGGGGGGGCCAGCUGGUUUCUACCCAGGAUGGAGGGACCAUAGCCAGGCAGGCUUGCGGCCACAUGGAGGGUAACGCUGGAGAGGAGGAAGAGGAGUGUCCAGUGAGAGACACCAGCGCCCAGACCUGCUUUAACAUACAAACACACACCCAGCUGGCAUAG